UCCGCAUUUCACACCACCGUGUUCGUGUGCAAAAUUUAACUCGAGAAUCCGUGAGGAGUAGCUAUAGGAAAUAUGCACACAGCGAUCGGCUGGUCAAAUGACAGACUCUUAUUAAGUCCGACAUGAGCUCUCGCUAGCGACAUCGGUAAAAUAUAUCUACCUUAAGAAACAGCUAACCAGAUGUCUUGAGUCGCCACUGAGCUUACAUUUGGAAUUAUCACCUUUUUUUUUAAAACAAAGUUUUGUGGCAAUCAAGAUGACGUCAUCAGACAGCAUGACCUUGGAUUUACGCCGGGAAUCUAAAGAGGGGUCUGAAAAGAGCAAUGACGAUCCUCUGAGUCACCAUUGUCAUACAGAGAAAAAUCAGGACAUUUUUGACAAGAAAGCUCGGAGACAGCUCAUCAUUGCUAGUAUCUUCUGCUCUCUCUUUAUGGUUGGAGAAGCUGUCGGGGGCGCUUUGGCCGGAAGUCUUGCCAUUAUGUCUGAUGCCGCUCACUUGCUGACAGAUUUCGCUAGUUUUGGAAUUAGUUUGGUAGCUAUGCAUUUAACAGUUAAAAGGAGAACUAAAAAAUUAAGCUUCGGAUGGUACAGAGCAGAAAUCAUCGGUGCCUUGGUGUCCAUUUUGUUUCUAUGGAUACUGACCGGCGUGCUAGUUUACCUGGGUGUGGAGAGGAUCAUCAACCCAGACUACACCAUAGACCCACUCAUCAUGCUGAUCACGGCGUCCAUCGGCGUGGUCAUCAACGUGAUCAUGGGCGCCACGCUCCACCAGCCAGGCCACCACCACCACCACUCUCAUGGUGGUUCCCCGACCUACACUCCAACGGACAGUGGCCACCAAAGUCAGAACGAGGAUAACUCUCAUGAAACAGACAAGCACCUGCUAGACGACAAACAGAAGCUGGUGGAAUACGGAGCCAUAUCCAAUCAAAACGUUCACGACGUCGAGAAAAAUGACCAUGGUCAUUCCCACAAGAAGGAGAAGAAUAUCAACGUCCGAGCAGCCUUUAUUCACGUCCUUGGGGACCUGGUACAGAGCCUCGGGGUGCUGAUUGCGGCCAUUAUCAUCUGGUUCAAGCCGGAGUGGAAGAUAGCAGACCCGAUAUGUACGUUCCUCUUCUCUAUUCUGGUCGUAUUCACAACAAUGCACAUUGUCAAAGACAUCAUUUACGUGUUGAUGGAAGGUGCUCCCCGAACGGUGAACUUUACUGACGUGACCCAGAGCCUGUUGGAGGUUGAAGGGGUCAAGGAGGUUCAUGACCUCAGGAUGUGGUCCCUGUCAAUGAACAAAAUUGCAAUAGCCGUACAUCUGGCAGUCGAGAAGGACAGAGAUCCAAUGGAUGUGCUGAGGAUAAGUACCCGCAUAGUCCGAAAGAAGUUCGGUAUAUCGGAGAGCGUGAUUCAGAUUGAGGAGUAUCAUCCUACUAUGUCUGAAUGCAAUGAAUGCCAGGAUCCGCCCGACUAAUGACGUUACAUCAACAAGGCCAAAAAAAAAAUGUUGUGUGUUUAGGGUAACCCAACCUAACCUACAAAAAUGCCCCGAUCCUACCAUUUUUAGAUGUCUGUUUUUAUCCGAUCGUGAAUUUUAUAUUAUUUCUAUUAAAAAUCUGUUUUUAAAUAUGACACAAACAAACAUUCUUAGGAUUCAAUGCUGAAAAAAAUAUGAUAAAAUAAAAAGAAUCCAUACAUACCUAACCUAAUUUUUUCAUCAGUGUUACCCGAAACACACAUUUUUUUAUAGGCCUAAACAAGCUAGUCCACUAUUUAUACACAUGUAUUAUAAUGGGUGAAAGGAGUUCAGAAGGAAGUUUCAAAUGAGAUUAUAAAUCAACAUUUAGCAAGUGAAAAGAAAAAUUGUUUGGCUGGUCGCAUGUACAAAUUGUGUCGAAGACUUAAUUGGUAGCGUUGCGCUGCACUGCAUGUUUUGUUUUUGUUUGUUUUAAAUUGCAAUAAUUUAAGUGAAUAUAAUCAUAUAUGUGUUCAUGUUUGUCCAAUGACGAAUCAGUCAUACGGUUUAUAAUAAGAGUUAUGUAUAUAUAUACAUGUAUAUGUAUUAAAUGAAAUGCAAUAAUAAAUGCCAUCGCCGAAACUGCUA